AUGGCCGACAACGAGAAGAGGGUUUCCGUAACCGGGGCUCAAGAGAUUCCUCUUGAUCCGCUGCCCCCGAGUCAACUUCCCAUCGCUGGCGAUUCGGCUUCCGAGUAUGACGAGUCCUUCUCCUACGAUCAGGAUGACAUGCGCGAUUACCACACCACCGAGCAAGACCUUCACGUCACCGAAGAUGACCUACUCGAAGCUCGCGAACUGGCUUCCAAAUACACCCUCGAAGAUGUGCGACACAUAAUGGCUCGCGUUUAUCGCAUCCACGAAAAGGAUCCCAAUUUCCCGCUCACGGUCAUCCAAAAGAUUAAAGCUUUCCUCGAGAACGAUGAAUUAUUUACGAACCCCGAGAAACACGAGAAUCUGGUGCAGGAGAUGAAGUUGGAGGCCGCCCUGAUUACAAACAACAGCCCCUACGCCGAAGUUCGUGCUGUCGUGGAAAACAAGGAUGACACGUCGAUUCCUAGCUCGACUAUUCGAAGUUGGGCUAUCGGAUUGAUAUUUUCUAUGCUGCUGGCUUUUACCAACCAGCUUUUUGAUAUUCGACAGCCUGCUAUUCGAAUCAUGGCCAAUGUCGCUCAGUUGCUUUCAUAUCCAAUUGGCAAAGGUUGCGAAAGAUGGUUGCCCGAUUAUGGCAUUACUCUCUUUGGAGUGCGCCACUCUCUCAACCCGGGUCCCUUCUCCAAGAAGGAGCAUAUGCUUAUCACCAUCAUGGCCAACGUUGCGUACAACACUCCGUACACCAACUUGAUCAUCUGGGUUCAGUACCUCCCUCAGUACUUUAACCAGCCAUAUGCCUCCCACUUCGCCUACCAGAUUCUGAUCGCGCUGAGCACCAACUUUAUCGGAUACGGAAUGGCCGGUGUCUGCCGUCGCUUCCUCGUUUAUCCCUCGUACUGCGUUUGGCCAGCAUCUCUCGUCACCAUUGCGCUCAACUCUGCUUUCCACACAGACAACAACUCCCCUGUCCAAGGACCCUUUGCCAAGAUCUGGCGCGUCUCCCGCAUCAAGUUCUUCUACAUCAUGUUCGGCGCCAUGUUUGUCUGGUUCUGGUUCCCCAACUACAUCUGGACUUCGCUUUCCAACUUUAGCUGGAUGUCCUGGAUUGACCCUUACAACCGUGAUCUCAACACCAUUACUGGUUUUAAUAAUGGUCUUGGCAUCAAUCCCUUUCCUACCUGGGAUUGGAACGUUCUUCUGUGGGACUCUGCCGAUCCUCUCAUGGUUCCAUUCUUCAGCACAUUUAACCGAUUCGUCGGCGCUUUCAUCUCCAUGUGGGUUGUUCUUGGACUCUGGUACUCCAACAUUUACAACACUGGAUAUCUGCCUAUUAACAGCAACCGUGUUUAUGAUCGCUGGGGCCAGCUUUACAAUGUUACGCGAGCUGUUGAUGAGCGUGGUCUUUUCGAUGCUGCCAAGUAUGAGGACUACUCUCCUCCCUUCCUUGGCGCUGGCAACGUUGUCAUCUACAUUUUCUUCUUCGGUAUCUAUACCUCGACUCUCACCUACGCCCUUCUUUUCCAUCGUCGCGAGAUUGUCACUGGUUUCAAGGGUCUGUUCAACAGCAUGCGAAAGAAGUCAAAGCGAGCAGAGGAAGUUCACGAUCUUGACGUCCACACCCGUCUCAUGAAGGCAUACCGCGAAGUUCCUGAGUGGUGGUACAUGGUCUGUCUCGCCUUUGCCAUCGCAUUUGGUGUUUCCGGUAUCGCUGGUUGGGACACUCACACCUCUCCUGGAGUCAUCUUCUACGGUCUUGCUCUUUGUCUAGUGUUUGUCAUUCCUGUUGGAAUCAUCAAGGCCAUGACCGGUAUUGAAGUCACUCUUACUGUUCUUGCUGAGUUCAUCGGAGGAUCCUUCGUUGAAGGUAAUGCGUUGGCUAUGAACUACUUCAAAUCUUUCGGCUACGUCACUUGUGCUCACGCAGUAAUGUUCUCCAACGAUCUCAAACUCGCUCACUACGUCAAGAUUCCUCCCCGACAUACCUUCUUCGCCCAAAUCAUCGCCACAUUCAUCAGCACAUUCGUCUGCGUCGGCGUCCUCAACUUCCAAAUGACUCAAAUCCCCGGCGUCUGCACCGAAGAUGCACGCUGGAAGAUGUCCUGUCCCAGCGUCAACACCUUCUUCACUGCGUCUGUCCUCUGGGGUACUGUUGGACCCAGCAAGAUCUUUGGCAAGAACGGUCUUUAUACCGAGGUUCUCAUCGGUUUCCCUCUGGGUGUGGUUGUCGUGCUUGCUAUCUGGGGUAUUAACAAGAAGUUUCCUCACUGGACUUGGACGCGACAGGUUCAUCCUGUUGCGAUUAUGUAUGGUGGUAUUGUGUGGGCGCCGUAUAAUAUGUCGUACGUCUGGCCUUCUGUGCCUAUUGCGUACUUUUCUUGGAUUUAUCUCAAGUCGAGAUACCUUGGCUUGUGGUCUAAGUACAACUUUGUGCUCUCAGCAGCUUGGUCCUGUGGCAUCGCUAUAGCAGGAAUCAUCAUCUUUUUCUCCCUUCAAUUGGAGGGAACGGAAUUCAAGUGGUGGGGUAACACGGUUGGUUACGUGGGAUGUGAAGAUGAUGCUUGUCCUCUUCAGCCUUUGGAGGGAAGUGAUUACUUUGGUCCCCGUGUUGGCGAGUUUCAUUAG